AUGGAGGUAAAUUGUUUAACUCUAAAAGACCUGAUCAACCCCAGGCAGCCCAGACUGGAUUUUGCGGUUGAAGAUGGGGAAAAUGCACAAAAGGAAAAUAUAUUUGUUGAUCGCUCAAGGAUGGCCCCAAAGACUCCAAUAAAAAGUGAACCAAUUGAUUUAUCAAAGCAAAAAAUCUUCACUCCAGAACGAAAUCCCAUUACUCCGGUUAAGCUUGUCGACAGGCAGCAGGCAGAACCGUGGACGCCCACAGCUAACCUGAAGAUUCUCAUCAGUGCCGCCAGCCCGGACAUCAGAGACCGGGAGAAGAAAAAGGGGCUCUUCAGACCCAUUGAAAACAAGGAUGGUGCUUUUACAGACUCCCUGCAGCUUGAUGUUGGGGAUAGUGCCGUGGACGAAUUUGAAAAGCGAAGGCCGAGCAGAAAACAGAAAAGUUUAGGACUCCUAUGCCAGAAGUUUCUAGCUCGCUAUCCAAGUUAUCCCUUGUUAACUGAGAAAACUACCAUCUCCCUUGAUGAAGUUGCUGUCAGUCUUGGUGUUGAAAGAAGACGCAUCUACGACAUCGUAAAUGUGCUGGAGUCACUGCAUUUGGUCAGCCGGGUGGCCAAGAAUCAGUAUGGCUGGCAUGGAUGGCAUAGCCUGCCGAAGACCCUGAGGGCCCUCCAGAGGCUGGGAGAGGAGCAGAAAUACGGAGAACAGAUGGCUCACCUCCAACAGAAAGAGCUGGGUGUCAUGGAGUAUAAAUUUGGGGAACGGAGAAAAGAUGGCUCUCCAGAUGCCCAAGAUCAACAGUUACUGGAUUUCUCCGAGCCCGACUGCCCUUCCUCAUCUGCAAACAGCAGAAAAGACAAGUCUCUGAGAAUCAUGAGCCAGAAGUUUGUCAUGCUCUUCCUCGUCUCCAAAACCAAGGUCGUCACUCUGGAUGUGGCUGCCAGGAUACUGAUAGAACAACGCCCAGAUACCCCGGACCACAGUAAAUUUAAAACGAAGGUACGACGCCUCUACGACAUAGCCAAUGUUCUGACCAGCUUGGCUCUGAUAAAGAAGGUGCACGUCACAGAAGAGCGGGGCCGGAAACCAGCCUUCAAAUGGAUCGGGCCUGUUGACUUCAGCUCCACAGAUGAAGAACUAGUGGAUGUUACUGCAUCUGUCUUACCAGAAUUGCAAAGGGAAACAUAUGGCCAUAUUCAGUUCUGUGCAAACCAGAGGCUGGCUCGACAUGGUGCCUUUAACACAGCUCAUGCUUCUGAGAGGAUCCCGAGGAACGUGAACUCAGAACCCAGCAGCCCAUAUGGAGAAGAGCAAGGAUCAGGUGGCUACUCCUUAGAAAUUGGAAGUCUGGCAGCUGUUUACCGACAGAAGAUAGAAGACAGUUCACAGGGGGAGACCUUUGCCAGCAAGAGAAUGACACCUCUGCCACGCAGCCUGGGCCCCACUACCCCUUGCCCCACCCCCUCUGUUGACUCAGAACAUUGCGUUAGCCCUUUUGCCCACCACGUAUUCUCUGUGGCUCAGACGGACUCGCAGGCCUCCCAGCAGAGUGGUCUGGAGGGACAAGCAGGUGUGUCAGCCGCUUCUGUGGCCUCAGACGAGGAGACCCUCACGCCGGCCCUGCUGGCCGGCCAGCCCUUGGUAUAUGUGCCCUCCACCUCGCUGUUCAUGCUGUGCAGGAGCCUGCAAGAGAGGCCGGCCCCAGGGUCAGAGAGGGACAGCGGAAGCUUGGAAGUCACAGCAGCACAGCCGUCAUCCCCACCCUCAGUCCAGAAGCGCCUUGGCGAGGAGAGGAAGCCCCAUGAGGAGGAGCCAGUCACUAAAAGACAAAGUAGGGACAGAGAAAGCCCUCUGUCCCUCGUCAUACCCAAGAAACCCUCAGAUCCCACCAACACUGCCUUUCCCAAGACCAUGGGUGAUGGGAAGUCCGUGCACCUUGGUGAUGCUCACAUGAGUGGCCGGCUCCCUGCUCCAAAGGAGGCUUCGGGAAAGGCCACAGCAGAUGGCCUCAUUUCUUCUGACUGGGGAAAUCCUUCAAGAAAUCCUGAGAUUGAAAAGUCUUCAAAAGAUGGAGAAGACAUCAAAGAUCCUUCUUUGCUGCAGUACCUCUAUGUGCCGUCGCCAGCUGGAUUAAAUGGUUUCAGUGUGCUCCUGCCAGGCGGUCAGACCCCCCAUGCCAUGGGGCCGUCUUCAGGCCAGCCGCCGGCCCUUGGUGUUCCUUGUAUGGUCUUGCCGUCCCCAGCACUGGGCCCCUUCCCUGUCCUCUAUUCUCGCACAAUGCCUGGGCCAGUUUCUGCUGCCCACGCCACUCUCCCAAACGCAGGACCUGUGAAUUUUGGCUUGCCUGGCCUCAGAUCAGCAGCUCAUCUCCUCAUCAGCCCUGCAGCCAUGGUUAAUCCAAAAUCAUCUCCACUCCCCUCUGCAGACCCUCAGCUACAGGGUUCAUGCUCACUUAACCUGAGUCCCAUAAUGUCAAGAUCACACACUGUCAUCCAGCCCGAAUCCCUCGCUUAUGGGGCACAUCCGGUCUCUGCAGUAAAAUUACAGCAGUCACCAGUUCCAGUGACCCCGAAGAGCUUCCAACACACACAUCAUGAGACGUUUUUCAAGACACCUGGCAGCCUCGGAGACCCCGGCCUUAGAAGAGAAAGGAGUCAGUCACGGAAUGCCAGCUCAGCGCAGAGGAGACUCGAGAUCCCAAGCAGCGGGUCUGACUGACCCGGCACCUUGCCAGCUGGGAUCGGACCACCUGCCUUUCCCCGCGUUACAGGGGCUGCCCUAACGUGAAUGGAAAGCAGAAUGCAAACCGCCCAGCUUCACACAUCCUUCCUCUCUCAUCCACUGGUUCUGUUAACUUCCCAUCAUCAUGAAUCAUCUAUUUUCCUGAAAGUAACUGUUAUUAAUUGUGCAUUUAAUACCAGUUAGAGUCCAGACUCUGCACGGUGUCACAGUGAAAGCACCGACUGACUUUGUGGUUUUGAUUCAAGAAUCAUCUUAUUGCUGGAAAUCGACCAGAACAGGCUGCUGGAGCCUUGUGGCUUUCUAAAGGAGGGGCCUGUCUAGCACUUAAGGAGGGUGAACGUUCUUGACACGUAUUUCCACUCACUCUGAGUAGAUCUGUGGUGGAGAGAGACUUGCUUUCUGCAGUUUCAAAAAGCUACUGCUUCCUUAGGCUUCGUCAGGAAGCCUGCUUCAGUUGUGAAUCCUAUGGUAUUAUUUAUUUUGUUCCUGAAGUGGGAUUUAGUGCAAAAAGUUUACAACUACAGCAAAACACAUGUUUUUCAGGGUAUGACGACUUGAAUGUUUAUACUUUUUUCCUAUGACUUGCCCUGCACUUACUUUACGACCUAGUAAUAAUGUGGAUAAAUGUAUGUACAUGACAGAACGUCAAAACCAAAACAACUGUGAAUGGCACACCUUGCUCCAAUGAACUCGCUGGCCCUCUCUGGGCAUGCGAACUAAGGCGACCUCCAGGUCCCCACAGCUGCUUCUCAGACAACUGUGUGAAUAGUGAGGUUCUCCAGUCCAUUUGUGAAAAUCCUACCGUGUCAGUUUCCUUCACUACGUGCCCCUGAGGUGUUUUAUUUAAACAUUAAUGGUAGAGUAUCAGGUAUGGAUGCCUUCUAACAAUUGCUGUUUAUUGACGGAAUCAGGAUGGUAGAAAGUACUCAUAUGGAAAAUUGGAGCCUGGAUGGGACCUUUCAGUAGAAUUCUGAAGAGUACAUAAUGUAGAAAGUGAUAAAGGAUGAUAGGUGAUACUUUCAUUUUUUCUUCUGCUUGUUUUCUUUGUAUUCAGAAGAGUAAGAGGAAAAGUGGAUACAUUACGUUCAGUAUCCAAGAGUAUUCAAACCAGUUAUUUUUCAGAGAACUUACAAAAAACAAAAAUGGUGAGUGCAGGGGUUCACUGUUCUGGCAUGAAUACAAUUCUGGAAACUGUUCUGCAGAUCCCUUUGUUAAACCAUAUUAUUACCUUAGGGUUUCAUUAAGUAGCCAAACUAGAUCUUUGUGUUCUUAGAUUUAUUAAUAUUUACCUCCUUUUUGUCUCUUCAGAGUAAAUAUCUUUUUCCUUCCUUGCCUCCCUUCUUUUCUUCCUCCCUUUCUUCAUUUCUUUCACUUUUUUUUUAAACUUCUGUCUUAGGUUUGGAAUCUUGGUGUAGGGUUUUGUCUUAUUUUUAUUUUUGGACCCAAUAUAAUGUUAUAUGAAAGAAUAAAAAUAUUAAUUUAAGAGACUCUGGGAGUCUGAGUAAAGAUGCUUUAUAUUAACUACAGGAUAAUAUUAGCCUUAUUACCCCCACAAGAUUUUUUAAACUUGAGGUAGGUAGCCAGAUUAAAUAAAUUUGUUAUAUAAAAUUUUUAUCAACACUAAACUUUUAAAGUUUACAGGAUGGGGUUUUUUUAUCAUUUUCAUAGACUUCUCCAAAGUUCAACAGAUAAAAACGUGGCCCUAGUUGUCAACAAUUGCAUGUUAAUGAUUACCCUGAAUAUGGGUUCCCUGUUGAGACAAAUAAAAUGUGCCUUUUCCGGGUCGAUUGUUACAGGACAUGCAGUUCAUAUGAAUCUCCGCAGGGUCCAUGCAUUUUAAAUACACCAUACUUAAGAACGUCCACAAAAUAUUUUCACUUGAGAGGUCUGCAUUUAGAUGAAAACACACUGAUUUUUCCCCUCACUGUUCUGGGAUACUCCCCCCUUAUUUAACUCCUUUGCUAUCUUGUUAAUUCUGUUUAUGAUACGACCUCAUAAGCCUCAGAGAAUUCACGGUUCUUGAGGGGUGUUAGGAAGCAACCCCCAAAUGAGAAUUUUAUGACUCUGUAACCCAAAUUAGCAAUAGCAAACAACAAACCCCUUUUGUAUUCAGCACCCGCUUUUUAAUGUGGCUUCGUGACAUGCAAAAAUCCAAUGCAAUGCUUGUUUCUAGACGGAAAAUGAGUCUGUUACCUCCAGAGCAACUACCAGUUAUGCUGUGGCUGAUCUAGACUUGGUACUUGGGGAAGUGAAGACGCAAUGGCAAUUUUGAGUCUACCCUUGUAUAAUUUAGUGAAAGAAAAUAAAAUUGUUCGUGAUCCUGCUAAGGAAACGAGCUCUGAGUUGGCACAGAGUAAGGCGUGUGCCCUGCGCAGUCCAGGGUUUGUGAAACCCUUUCAUUCUGGUACAAGAGUUGGGGGUAUAACUUUUAUACUUGAAUUGACCUACCAAGUUUACAUUUCUCAAUAUCUUUUUGUAAGGUGCUAUUUCUGUAUUUAAAUACUUUUUUUUUUUCAGUGUAAAGCUGCUUUCUGCUUACCUUGUUGCACUGCUAGUUUUAUGUAGGUAUUUUAUUGCUGCUUACUGUUUUUUUCUUCAUAUUACUUAGCUCUGCUCUUUUUUCUAGUGGCUGUAUUAUCUAUAGCUGUCUGCUUGUAACUUUACUGCAGGUAAACUGAUGUUCUCCUUUUAGGAAAAUAUUAAGCUUUAAAAAGUAGCAAUAAAAGUUAAUUCAUUUAAGAA